ACUAUGAUUUUCGUGGUCAUGGCACUGUGAUUUGACCCUUAUUAGUUGGUCUAUUUUGACAGUAGUUGUGUGCACACUUGAGAUCUAUUUCAUUGCGAUCCGUAUAGUAAAGGUUGUUGCCUAUUUACUGUAUAUAGAAAUUUACGACAUCGGGACAUUUGACCACUUUCAUUUGACAGUCAAAAAUAGUUUCUCUUUGAGUGAAACGGGACACAGAAUGGUUGAAUUUUUAUUCUGAACCAAACUUUUGUGCAUUGCAUAUUGCCAUGGAGCAUACAAUACGUGUAUAUGCUAAAUUUUAAGGGAGGAGCAAUUGAUUUGGUUUAUCACAUGUAAAAUGUGGCCAUAGACGUUAUACGUUUGAAGGAGGAUUAUCAACAAAGGAACUUUACGAAUAGUUUUCUGUACGAAAUAAUUAACUUGAGAUGAGUAUUUGAAUAAUUCCACAGGGAUUGGAUUGAAAGUCCUGUAAGCAUCUUCCCGGUGAGGACAGACCAGCAUCGCUCAAUGGGACGACGGGGCCCUGACGAACUGACGGUCACAGAACAGCAGCUGUUACCAAGCACCAUCAUACCGUCGUUACACUCUUCAUCCCUCUCAUUCUACUGUAGGAGCUGACACGUGUGUUAAAGGACUGUAUCUGAAUCUUUAUAACAAAUACGCGUCAUUUUAACUGGAAACCUGGAUUUAUAUCUACAUAUGUAUUUCAGCGACAAGGUACGGUAGUCUUUCUUCUUCAACAAAUGAGUAACAGUAUUUAUUAUACGUUAUUCGUGUUGUCUAGAAUGUGUCUCACUAUUUCUAUUCGUUGAUGUUAUGAUAUAAAACAGACUUCCAUAAGGAUAUUGUACGGUCGGUGUUAUCUAAUACAGACACUGUGCUAUGCGAAAAGCUUAAAAAAAGUGAAAACAUCAAAUUAUGUAAUACAGUGCAGGAGAGGCCGUUAGGAGAGCGUUACACAACACAGAGAUAUUUCAGGUCCAUCGUCAUGGAAAAAGACUGAAGUCUUGUCAUAUUUUAUAGACGUAUAGGCGGUGAGCCUUGUACUGUGCUAUUUAUUGUUUUAUUUUUUGUCUUCCUUGAACAACUACAAAAUUUCACGUCCUCAGGACAAAGUUUUACUUUGAAAAGAAAUAUCAAGAAUGCAGUAAAGCCUACAAUUUUUUUUCUCUUCUGCCCACGCUUGGUUAAGAAGACUGUAAAUGAAAAAGUGUCGGACGUUAUCUGAAUUCCUAGGUCACUACGUAGGCCAAUCCGUUAAGGGGAAGAACGUGCAUAUUCAUAGAACGUUGUGAAAGGCCUGCAGUAGAUAGAUUGAAGUUAGUUAAAUGUACAUGUUGGAUCGAUAGGUGAUUUGUGAAAAGGGAUUUACUAGCGUUUGAUCACCAGUGUGAACACCCUCCAAUGAACAUCAUGAGGUGGCUAUUUCUUUUGACUGUUCUGGUGUCAGUGUUGUACCUCGGACAACCAGCUAGCUUUAUGUACGAUGGAAUUGGAUAUCUGAGUGAUGGUGAAUCUGUUGAAUGGAUUGGAAUCAGGCCUCAUAAGCCGAAAUGUAUUGAUAUACCAAGCAAUCUGACUCUGUGUCGGGGGAUAGGGUAUACGGAAAUGAGACUGCCGAAUCUCCUGGACCACGAUACCCUUAACGAGGUGAUUCAGCAGUCCAAAUCCUGGGUAUCCCUCCCUCGGAUACAUUGUCACCCAGAUACCCAGCUCUUCCUCUGCUCUCUCUUUUCACCUGUCUGCCUAGAGCGAACCAUCAAGCCAUGUAGGUCACUAUGUGAAAGUGUCAAGUCUGGCUGUGAAUCUAAGAUGCUCUAUUAUGGAUAUUUGUGGCCGGAGAUGGUCAGAUGUGACAAGUUUCCGGACGAUUCUGACCUUUGCAUACAACCCCAGCAUAAUGUCACCUCAACACAGAAUGUGUGUGAUGCAUGCAAUCAGCCCCCUACGUUAGAGGGAAUCGUUGACAACCACUGUCGAGCCCAGUUCGUUGCAAAGGUCAAAGUGCGAAAGAUAAAAACGAAAAGACAGUCAAAAAUACUGGUUCUCAAGAAGAAAAAGAAAUUUUAUAAGCAUGGCACUUUGACCAAACGCGAGAAGAGGAAACUGAACCUGGUGAUCGAAAACGGAGCCCAGUGUGAAUGUACCACAGUCAAUACAAGCAGGAGUGAUGCCUACAUUAUAAUGGGAAACAAGACAGAGUCGGGAGUGUUCACCGUCUCAUAUAUCGGUCCGUGGAGGAAGGACAGAGAGUUCAAGAGAGCGCUCCGGAAAAUAAAAGGUGAUUUUGAUUGCAGUAAAAUUAUAGAAUUAAUUGAACAGCCAGGGGGUAGUAAUCCUCCCCCUCCCACGAAAGGGGGCGGUGGUAGAGGCGGUAAUAGAAAGAGUAAUAGGAACCGUCCUAAAAAGAAUAGGAAGAAAAAUCGCAAGAAAAAUCGUCGACGCAAGGAUAGAGGAAAGGGUCGUGGUCGUAAAAGGCAAAGCAUUUCUCAGACAACCGAAACCAACACGAGUGGUUGACGUCACAUGUACAUAUGGUCAAACGGGCAUGGCGUGGGAAUAUGCGUGGGAUGUCUUUCAAGCCAAGAGUUGGUGCGCAAAAUACUGGAAAUUUGGAAAAUAUUAUCGAAACUUGUUAUCGAAACUUUUUUUUCAAAUGGACUACUUAUGUUGUUUAAAAAUGAAAUCUGUGAUAGUGGAUCUACGCGUGUUUGAAUUCCAAGAUAUAAACGUUUAUUGUGAGAUGUGUCUUUAAUAAUAAUGGACUAUAAAUGUAUUGCAGGCAAAACUACCUGUCGAGCUGGAAGUAUGAGGACCGUGUUUCUUGGGUAAGGACCAACAGGCUUAUGUUACACUUUGAUUUCUUACACAAGAAAGGUCAUAGGUUGUGCUACAUUCACUUCUAAAUUGUCAUUGAUCGGCAUGGAUUUGUCACUUUGAUCCUAAAGCAUAAGACAUUUAAUAGGAUGAAAAUGUGUAAAUCCUACCAUCCAUGAACAAAUGUGAAUGACAUCAAACCGCAGAUUUCGUGUUGCUAAUUCCUUAUAAGCGGCAUGUUCUAUGAAUGACGUGUAUAAAACAUGCUCCUUGACAGUUUUACACGUGAAUGACUCUUUCUUGGAAAAUAGAACUCAGAGUGUACAAAAUACCCGAGCCGCCUAGGAAGUGACCCCGUACACAGUUGUUUACCGAUUUCAAAACCGUAUGACGAUGCCUUUGUCCUUUAUUUUUCAUUUUUAUUUUUAUUUUGACUUUGUCUUGUAGCAUUAAUCAUGAUACUACAAUGUUUUUGCUUUUAAUUGUUUUGCACAUGCAGCAUUGUUUUGUACAAAGCACCCAGCACGGAACUGAUUUACGUGUGUACUUGUCCUGUUCAACACCUAUCACCGUUAACGUUGGUACUCGGUCGGCAGGACGUAACUGUUUAUACAUACGUGACCUAGCAACGAGUAAAAAGAACCAAUUGAAACGUCGACUCAAUUCUAUUCUAGUUAAGGCAUACAUUAAAAAGUAUUGUCGGGACUUAUAUUCAAUAAGGCAAGAAGGACGGGUAAGGAUAACGCAAUGUAGCAUUUGAAAGGGGAUGAGUUAAAUUUGAAUGUUUUCCCUAUGGCGACGUAUCUACAGGUAACUUUUAAUAGCAUCUGAAAUAUGGAGGUACCGUGUAUCUAAUUGAUUCACUUUUAGAUGAUACUGACUGGAACUGCUUAUAUGCCUGCUUUUUACUUGGAGAAGUUUAAAGAUGACACACCUCAAGUCGAGAACUAAACUUUGGUCAGGGCCUCCUGAUCGUCUGUCAAAAUGUGAAAACUAAUGUUUGUGGAAUUCCAUUAACAUUUUAAACAAUCGUUUUACAAUUUGUGUAGUUUCGUUGUGAAAUUAGCUUUUGCUCACGUAUUCGUUGAACGAAGAUGAUCAUCAGAACGAUAUUUGCUUAAUAUGCAAAUAACGAGAAGCAGUACUAAUGACUCGUAAAUGUAUGCCAACUCAUUCUCUCUUGCGAUUUGUAUUUUAAGAUGUAAGAUUUGUAUCAAACUCUUAUGAUGAUUGCCUUUCAAACUGUAUCACAAAUAUAUUAUAAGUAUAGUUCGUAUUGUUUUAUGUAAGUUUCAAAAUUUACUACAUAUAAAACAAAUAAAUCUA